UGUGCAUAUGUGUGUGUGGAUGUGCCUGUGUGGUUGUUUCCAUUUUUUUAAAUCCAUAUUGGACCGUUACAUUUAAUUAUAAUCCGGCUUCAGAGAUAACUUAAAGAAGUAUAGAGGGAAAAUUCGUUAUGACAUCUGUCGCCAGAAAGGGCAACUCAUUACCACGUUAAAACCGUUGCCAGAACGAAAAUCAGAAUAAUACCCCUAAUAAUAUAAUGAAGUGGAGAGAAAUCACCACCAGCUCGCCAGGAAUGGGGAGUUCUCACUAAAAAGCAGGACUCUCCUUUUCUUUCGAAACGCAGGAAAAGGAGGGAGGGGGGGGAAUUUUGGAUCUGAUUCGUUAUUUUAAAAAAGAAAGAAAAAUAGGGGUUCGAAAAAAAAAAAGAAGGGAAGGAAGGAAGAAAGGAAGGCGAGCAGGCGGCAAAGCUUUCUCGAUACGUCAUGACGGAUCAAACAGUUACCGUUUGAUGCAGCUUGGAUGCCUGGAGUCUGUGGCCAACUCGACCGUCGCCUACUCCUCCUCGUCUCCUCUCACGUACUCUACCACGGGCACCGAGUUCGCCUCCCCGUACUUCUCCACUAACCACCAGUACACCCCACUGCACCACCAGUCCUUCCACUACGAGUUCCAACACAGCCACCCGGCAGUCAACCCCGACGCUUACUCCUUGAACUCUCUGCACCACUCCCAGCAGUACUACCAGCAGAUCCACCAUGGGGAACCCACUGAUUUUAUCAACCUGCACAAUGCGCGGGCGCUCAAGUCCUCCUGCUUGGACGAGCAGAGGAGAGAGCUGGGGUGCUUAGAUGCUUACCGCCGCCACGACCUGUCUCUUAUGAGCCAUGGGUCCCAAUAUGGGAUGCAUCCAGAUCAAAGACUCCUGCCAGGACCAAGCCUCGGGCUUGCAGCCUCGGGAGCAGACGAUUUGCAGAGCUCAGUGGAGGCCCAGUGCGGACUUGUACUCAACGGGCAAGGAGGAGUGAUAAGAAGAGGUGGCACCUGCGUUGUCAACCCCACGGACCUGUUCUGCUCUGUACCUGGUCGCUUAUCUCUACUCAGCUCCACUUCAAAGUACAAAGUGACCAUUGCAGAGGUGAAGAGGCGCCUUUCACCACCAGAAUGCCUCAAUGCUUCCCUCUUGGGAGGUAUUUUGAGAAGAGCAAAAUCCAAGAAUGGAGGACGCUGCUUGCGAGAAAAACUAGACAGACUGGGACUGAAUUUGCCUGCAGGAAGAAGAAAAGCAGCAAAUGUCACACUCUUGACUUCCUUGGUAGAAGGGGAAGCAUUACACUUGGCCAGAGAUUUCGGCUACACCUGUGAAACAGAGUUCCCUGCCAAGGCAGUAGGAGAGCACAUUGCCAGACAGCACAUGGAACAGAAAGAGCAGACAGCGAGGAAAAAGAUGAUCCUAGCAACAAAACAAAUAUGUAAAGAAUUUCAAGACCUUCUAAGUCAAGAUAGAUCGCCCCUCGGAUCCUCCAGACCGACUCCAAUAUUAGACCUCGACAUCCAGAGACAUUUAACACAUUUCAGUUUGAUCACUCAUGGUUUUGGAACUCCUGCAAUAUGUGCUGCCCUAAGCACUUUCCAAACUGUUCUCAGUGAAAUGCUGAACUACUUGGAAAAGCACACGUCGCACAAAAACGGAGGAGCGGCGGAAUCCGGCCAAGGACACGCCAACUCGGAGAAAGCCCCCCUGCGGAAAACUUCAGAGGCUGCUGUGAAAGAGGGCAAAACAGAAAAGACAGACUAGCUACAUCAAACAGAAUCUAUUUCAAGAGAGUCUUGCUGCUGAUAUUUUUUUUAAAUAUAUAUAUCAUUGAGGGCGAUUUAUCUCCAGUGGACCAAAUCCAAAAAAAAGGGAGAAAAAAAGGAAGAAAAAAAAAAAAGAAAAAAUCAGAGAAAAAAGAAAAGAAAAAGAGAAAGAAUAAAACAGAAAGAGAGAGUGUGAGAGAGGGAAGUACUCAACCCUAAGAACAGCAGUGUACAGUAAUUGUGUAAUGAAAUUGUCACUUUUUUUAAAUUUAUGUUGCUCUAAACUACUUUUUCGUGCACGUAGUAUUUGAUUGUUCUGAAUGAUACACUAACACUGUUUUUUAUAAGCACUUCUGGACUUGGCUGAGGUGGCAAAUGAAAUCCAAAGCACUUUCUUCUCCGGCAGCACAGUUAAGGCCAGCGCAUCAGUUGUGGGACACUCAGUUCCAGGAUCCUGGUUUGGCUUGCAUGCUGGAUGGAUCGAAAGAAGGACCUCCUCUGAUCCAUCGGAAAUGCCUGAUCUGCUCACCAUUGGGAAAACAAUACAGAAACCUGGCAAAAGAGGAAUUCUUGGGUCGUGGGACAAAUGAACCAUUCGGUGUUGGGGGCUGCUCAUCCCCCUGUAGGAAUGUACAAUAAAUCUGCACUGGAAUGAGGCCUGAACCUGUUGGGAAUCUGUCCUGACCAUUCAAGCAGCAGCCGUGGUGUCUCUUGUGAAAAGAGCAUGGCAGACUAAAAUGGAAAAAACCCAAAACCUUGAUAGUUUCAAUAAGAGCCCUGAUCCCUCUGUGAACUUCAGAAUAAAUGACAGCAAGGGCUUCUCUCCUCUAUCUUCUCAGCCCCUGGUCCCACAACACUGCAGUCUGCCAUACUUGGGUGUCUGUUCAAAGAAUCAGGCAGUUGGAGUCACCUUUUGUGUUGCCUUGGUUUUAUAAUGCUUUCUUUUCUUCAACAGCUUGUUUCUGCAGCUUUAUUGUCUUUAGAACUCCAGCUGAGGUGCAGAGGUCUAACAGAAUCCACUCACUUACAGAAAGGAAAAUAAAACCAAAAUGACAAAUAAGACAGAUUGGUUUGGUCCACAGCAGCUAAGUGGUAAUGACCUUGCUAAUGUAUUUUUAAAUAUUACUUUACCACCUACGAAACAUCCUCACACAGAAAAUAUCGCAGGCAUAUUUGAGCUCAAACUUCUUUUACUCAAAAGGUUUUUCCAGCCACAUUCUAACUUCUUCUUCAACAAGACUUGUAUUCCAUUCCUUUUCUCAUUUCUCUGACAUCACUUUAUUGAGAAAGUUAGGAGGGAUUGAUAUUACGGGGAGGGGUUAUUCUGGCCUUCUAAACUCCUUUUCAGAUCAGCAGAACCAGACCCUUUCUUCCAAGGAACAAUUCAUCUCUUUCUCUGGCAGGAAAUAAUAUAGUUGUCAAAGUGUAAGUGUUUAGAGCCAUUUGAGAUGUUUUAGGGUAUCUAAGACAGCCACAGAAUUUUGACAGAUAUGACACAAAACCUGUAGGAGAACUGGACUCACGUGGUGGAGGAGCUGGAGGAUCCCAGAAGACAGUAUUAGAUACAGAAGGGUGGCCACUUGACUUGCUCUCCAAGUGUCUAGAACAGGUACAAGGGAUCAUCUGGAAGUGCCUCUCAUUCUUCACAGAUAACAGAUGGAAGGUAACUGUGGCGUUUGCCUUGUAUAUGACUAUGACUGGAUUAAUCACCUUGCUCUUCCUCUAAUCAGUGGAGGGAAAAAGGCAUUUACAUCAGGCAGUUUAUCUCACCUCUGAAUUAUGAUAAAUCAUGUCCUGGCAUUGUGUGCUUUUCUUCACUAGGUAUACAGGAAGGCAAGGAUAAAUGCCUUCACACACCUGUCUACACCACAGCUUCCUAGAACCCAUCAGGAUGCGUUACAGCUUGGCUGACCAGCUUUAGGCUGAACCUAGCGACUAUGAUCAACAUCCGAGGGCAUUUACAGCCAUAACUUAGAAAAUCAAACUGAAAACAAGACCAGCCUUUCCUUCCAAAUACAUGGAAGGAAAUAACACCCUUACGGUAUAAUGCUGUUCCUCCUAAGAUCAGGAAGGGCAUUAUUUCCACCAUGGUGAGGAAACACACUGAGAACUAAUGAGUCCCUGUUUGCUUGCAUGAGGAAAUCUGAAAGAAAAUCCAAAAUGCUGUGAUUUUGCCCAGAUUUUUCCUUGUUUAUGGUAGGUAUAGAAUUUAGACACCUACUGUAGUUACCUAGGCACCCUUCAUGCAUUGAGGGAACUAGACGUAUCUCCACGGGGCUCCACCUCCCUAACAGACUAAGAUCAGCCAAGUGCCUAGCAGAACUUAAACUCUGCUGAAUUAAACUUCCACCCCAGCACCUCUGGAGAAGUGCUAAAAUCAGACAAAUGGUCCUUAAAGAUACCUUUGACAGAAACCUUUUGGAACUGUUCUAGAACAUGAAAUACUUGUGUUUGGAAAUAGAUAAACAUGAUUAAAAGUGAAAAGGAAACUCAUUCUGGUUUUUCUGUUGCCCAAACUGAGGGAGAGAAAAGGAGACGGAGAAAAAACAAGACGUUUGACACCUCCAACACACAGAUUUGCCACACAAAAAUGUACUGUGAAGGAAUUUAAUUGUGGUCCUCUACUUCAAGAUGUGAAUAGCUUCCAAUCAGAUUCUAAUGGAGGGGAAAAAAAAGAGAAGAAAAACAUGUUUUAAAUCCUUUUCAAAUUUUUUCACCAAAAUAUUAGUCUUCUGGGGAACGAGGGAGGCCUGGCUGUGCAGAUUGUUCUGUGAAACUGCUGAGAAAGCAGCAUUGUAUUACAAUCAAACUCAAAUGUCUGAUAUUGGAAAUAAUAUAGAGAGUAUUAUUUGAAACCUUCACUUAUUCAGGGUGUGGUCCAAGGUCUCGGAAAUAAUUUCUUUAGAGACUUGCAUCUUAUUUUAUUACAUAAUCACUUUGAGCAUCUGCUCUGCUGGAAACAUCAGUUUUUAUUUGGAUUACCAUUUGAUCUAUUCACAUGGACAAACCCGAGCACUCAUGAAACCCCAGAACUUCCAGGUUUUGGCUUAAUGACCCCUAUUCAUUUUGGUAAAGUUCAAUACAGGUCUGAUUCAUCUUGAUUGAACUGUUAUUUGUUGUCACUAUUAAGAGACCACAUGCAUUUAUAUCCCCACCUUUCUGAUUAUUCCUCCAGUAUCUUCUCUGGAUAAAGCGAACUUGCUUUCAAAAGGUAGCUGUGAGGUUUGCUGAUGUUCACAGGUUCACAGUAAUAAUUUUAUUGAGAGAAAAGUAAUUAUUACUGCUUCUUCUGCUGAACCAGCUAUCAGGGCAGUUUACUGUCAAAAUGCCUUUAUUUUUUUUAAAUUGGAACUUUCAGUGUGAUUUUCAAACAAUGAAUUCUCUGAUGUUCCUGUUAAAAACCUCGGACCCAGUUCUCACCCAGUUAUACCUGCACAAUGUUCCCAUGCUGUCAUUUCCUUAGUCCUUGUCUCUAUCGAAUUGUUGCCACCUCAAAACACAUUCAUGAAUUAGAUGAGGCUGAGGGAAGGGCAGGGUUUGCAGUUAGUGCGUGCUCACUGCUAGCAAAUUCAAGUAUGUUUGUAGCUUUUUGACUUUGAAAUUAGUUUGAUCUGAAAAAAGAAGUUCUCUUUUUAAGAGAUCAUGAAAUUUUAUAUUUGAUUUAGUCAAAAAAUCAACAGAGUGGAGAAAAGUGGUCAAAAUUCUGUGGCCAGGGCAAUGAAUUAUUUUGAUUUUUGAGACCCUCAAAGAUAGAUUAAUAGCUCAAGUGCUCCUAGUAUUUGGGUCCUGUUGUACUUCAGCCAACUUGUAUGC